AUGGGAUUCGUGCUGAUAUUGCUGACAUCUCUGCUCAGCGGAGUGCUCGGAUACUUGCGCUGCAAAUACAACUACUGGCAGAUAAAUGGGAUGAAGCAGCUGCGGGCCCACUUCCUCUUUGGACAUUUCGUCAAGCUGAAGUCGCUGCACUUAUCGGAGCUGUUACAGGAGACCUACGAAGCCUUCAAGGGUAGUGCUUUGUUGGCUGGAUCAUACAUUUAUUUACGACCCAUAGCCGUCGUCUUGGACUUGGACCUGGCCAAAAGAAUACUGAUUGAGGACUGCGACAAGUUUGUGGAUCGCCAAAACUCUUGCAAUGAAACCUUGACGGAUAACCUCUUUAAUGCUCAGGGCGAGGAAUGGUCUAAGCUCAGAAAAUUGCAAGCACAAAUUUUCACGAGCGGCAUGAUGCGGAAAAAUAUGUUCGAAACCAUCACAAAAUCUGCCAACAACCUAGAGGAGCGCUUUAGGGAGUUGGUUAGCCCACAUGGAUGUGUUUUGGAUGUGCAAGAACUGUUGGAUUGCUACAGCAUGGAUGCCUCGGCCAAGUGUGCAUUUGGCAGUCAUAUCAACAGCCUCAGGGAUGACCAGCUGGAGUUUCGAGUGCAGGCACAGAAGAUCUUGCGAAAUAGCGAUGGAAAUAUUCGCUGGAGAUUAUUCAAAUUAUAUUAUUGGAGCAUCUUGGCAAAGUUAAAGCUGCCCAUUCAGUCCCAUGACAAAAACAUCACGGAAUACUUUAGACGCAUUGUCAAGGAGCAAAUGGAGUUAAGGCAGCUUGGGAAUAUCAAGAGGAACGACUACUUGGAGCUCUUAGUCGGUAAUGACCUGACUUUGGAACAGUUAACAUCCCAGACCUUUGAGCUCUUUGUGUCUGGCUAUGAGACCAGCUCUAGCAUCCUGACUUGUGCGCUCUUUGAGCUCGCCAAGCAUCCAGCGGUGCAGCAGAAGCUGCGAAAAGAACUGACAAUUAUUCUACGCAAACACGGACAACUGACGUAUGAGGCGAUGCUGGAGAUGCGCUACUUGGAGCAGACCAUCACAGAAACUCUACGAAAAUACCCCGCCUUGGCCUCCCUGAUACGCAUCACUGCCGAGGAGUAUACGUUGCCCUCCGCCCCUGGAGACAUUCCAUUGAUUUUAGACAAGGACACCAUCGUGCAUAUACCUGUCCAUGCCAUACACUACGAUGCAGAGAUCUAUCCCCAACCAAAGCUAUUCCGACCGGAACGCUUUGAUGUCUCCAACUGCCUUCAGCGCCAUUCCAUGGCCUUCCUGGGCUUUGGCGCUGGGCCACGACAGUGCAUUGGUCAGCAUUUCGGCCGACUGCUGAUUAAAAUAGGCCUCAUCCAGUUGCUAGCCCAAUAUCAGUUUAGCUGCGUGCCCGGAUUCCCAGACGAGCUGCCGAUAAACAAAGGCAAUAUGAUACUCAGACCCAGCCAAGGGGUUCCAUUGAAAGUGAUGCGACUCUCAGAAUAA